UAUAUCAUCUAUUGCCUUUUCAGACCGAGGGAUGCAGCUUGAAAACUCCAUGAACAUUUGAAGAAUUGCUAGAUCCACCCUCAAUCCAAACAUCUCUGGGUGGUUCUACUGUGCUUGGAGGGAAGGAACCAAUUCCAGGAGCACACUCCCCAGACUGUUAUGCAACCCAAGCAUGCAGGCAUUCAAAGCAUUUCCCAUAGUGGAAACCCAGGUGCUGAGGAAAAAGCGAAAGAAUAAGAAAAGACAUGAAAGAACUUGUAACCAAGAUUGCUUGUGUUGGACUUUGGAUGAACAGCAAGAUCCAGUUCCCAUUGCUGUUGGGAAUCUUUUAACAGGAAGAAGAUGAAUACGUGAAGAAGGAAACAUACAAAGCUCCAAGAUGGAGGGUGGAUGGGGCAGGAAUGGGCAGAAGAGCCCUCUCAGUUCUUCGGUGAGUGGAAGGGAAGAAAUUGUCCUGAGCCACAGAGAAUUUCUGCUCUUUUAAGGAGUCGUCCAGAAAACACCUGUAGAGCUGUGGCUUCUUUCUCCAAGCUCAGCCAAAGACAUAAACAAAACCCAGAAGUGAAAAAGGCAAGUCCCUCCACCACGAUGAGCUCUGAACACGAAGAAAUGGAUGUUACAAAAACUGUUGUCAAUGGGCUGAGCACCAAUGGACAAGAAAAAGCUGUUGGCGUCCCUUUAUGUACACGCUCUAUUUCUGCCGUUAAAAUAAUCCCUGUGAAGAAAGUGAAAAGUUCUCCUCACCUAGUGCUGCCUACAGAAACGGAUCCCACUAAAGUCUGCAGUGGAAAAGGAGCAGUGACCCUCCGGGCAUCUCCAGCCUAUGAAGAGAAUCAGAAUAUCACCUCGCCAUGUCCUCAGAAUGUUGAGCAACCUGAAAGUCUGGAGCCAGAAAACCCAGAAACAGAUGAAUGGAGGUCAUCAUCUAACACCGAUGCCAAUGGGGAUGCCCAGCCAUCUUCUCUGGCUGCCAAGGGUUAUAGGAGCGUGCGUCCGAACCUUUCCUCAGACAGCAAGCCACAGGCCCUUGCUCCUCCCCGUCCUCCUCUUCCCAAAGAGGAGAGCUUUGCAUGGCGUCCUCGCACUGACACUAAAGUGACCAACCUGUUGCCCGUGCCCAUCAUGGACUGCGUGUACCUGAAUGCGCCCAAGCCUUAUACACAGCGUGCAUCACCAAACACCAGUGCACGGUGUUAUUUCUCAUCACCGACCCCCUACGGGGCCAUUCCCCAUGGGAAGCAAGGCUUGCCAGCAGGGCAUUCUCUCUCUUCAGGCCCCAAAGAUGAGAUGCAUGCUGGGCGGCCUCUCUUGGAAAGUCGCUCCUCGUUGGAUGCAUCAUACAUACAACGCAACCCUGACAGGGCAGAUCCCAGUAAGGCUGGAAUGAAUUCCAGUCAUGAGACGAAGGCGGAUAAAAAGGUCACCAAACUAUAUGUAGCUUGUUUAUCUAACAGCACUUGCUCAGCUGCAUCUGAAAAUUCCACUGGCACCACACAUGACCCAGCAGCCAGCACCAGUUUGGGUGCUGAGCUCACUGAGGCACCAGCCACCGACAUUGUUUCCUCUGUAACAGAUACUGGAAAGUCUCUUCCUGCUCCUCCUCCUCCUCCUGUUCCUCCCAGGCCGUACUUUUACAUUGUCCUCAGUAAAGACGCAGUUAGUUAUGGUGCGGGCCAGCCCUCCUGGACUCAGUCGUCACCUCCGCAGGCUGUGAGGGACAGAGUGCUAGAGCCCCAGAGCACAGCUGCCACAGAGGACAGGAUGAGAAAAGAGCCUUACCUUGCCCAGCAGCGACAGCCCCCGUACAAGGCGAUGGGACGCAGCAUGGAUGCCACUGCCACCACCACAGCUCAGCCUGGGGUUAUAGUAGUCCCCCUCCUGCAGGUUAAUCCAGAAAGACAACAAGAAGGCAGCUCCAGCACUCCACCACCACCUCUGGUUCCUUUCGGGCAAGGCUCCAUAUCCCCUGAGACUGUUCCUCCUGGCUCACCCUUGACUUUCCCGACUCUAGACGAUUUCAUUCCCCCACAUCUCCAGAGGGGUUCCCACCAUAACCAAGCACCCUCUGCAUCUGGCACAUUACCCUCUGUUUACCCGAAACUGCCAUUCUUCUCAUCACCACCUUCACUUGUCCCUCCAGUCACGGGGGCUUUGCACAGGGGCUUGAAGCCUGAAAUCACUGGAGUCAUCUCACGUACAGACCCAGGUUCUGUGCUAAAUGAGGUGCCCCAGCCUGGCGCUGGCACUGAUUAUCCAACCUCCUUCACUUCAAUCAACAAGUCUUCCUCUGCCUAUCCCUCUACCACAAUUGUCAAUCCCACUAUUGUCCUCUUGCAGCACAAUCGAGAACAGCAAAAAAGGCUUAGUAGCCUGGCAGAUUCAGUGCCAGACAGAGUAGUUUCUGAUAAAGUUGAUUCAGCGCUCAUACGGGACAAGCCGGUUCAGGAGGCAGUGCCGAGUGAGAGGAAGGCAAUGGAGGAGAAGAGAAGCAUCGUCAGGAGCCCUCAGCACAUGGCUGAUACCUCCGUCGAUGACAUUGGCAUUCCGCUGAGGAAUACAGACAGAUCGAAGGACUGGUACAAGACGAUGUUCAAACAGAUUCACAAGCUAAAUAGAGACACUCCUGAAGAAAACCCUUAUUGCCCUACCUACAUAUUUCCUGAACUUCCUGAAAUCCAGCAAAAAACUGAAGAAGACAAUCCUUAUUCUCCUACAUACCAGUUUCCUGCGUCUACUCCUAGUCCUAUAUCUGAAGAUGAAGAUUCUGAUUCAUACUCUCCUCGUUAUUCCUAUUCUGAGGACAGCAGAACCCAGCUUUCAGUUCCCCGUUCCAAGAGUGAGACGGACAGCAUUGAUUCGGAGAAGGUUGUGAAGAGGUCUGCCACCUUGCCACUGCCAAACCGUACUUCAUCACUGAAAUCCAGCCCAGAAAGGACUGACUGGGAGCCUCCAGACAAGAAGGUGGAUACCAGAAAGUACCGUGCGGAGCCCAGGAGCAUUUAUGACUAUCAGCCAGGAAAGUCCUCAGUUCUGAACAAUGAAAAGAUGACUCGGGAUAUAAGCCCAGAAGAGAUAGAUUUAAAGAAUGAACCUUGGUAUAAAUUCUUUUCGGAAUUGGAGUUUGGGAAACCGCCUCCAAAAAAGAUUUGGGAUUAUACUCCUGGAGAUUGCUCUAUCCUUACUAGAGAGGAUAGAAAGAGUGAUCUAGAAAAAGACCUCUACCUCUACCAGACUGAGUUAGAGGCAGAUUUAGAAAAAAUGGAGAAGCUUUAUAAAGCGCCACAUAAAAAGCCACAGAAGAAUACAGCAGGUGUUGCUCCCCUGGAAACUUCCACAGACCAUUCUUCCUACUCCACGUAUUCACCCAUCUAUCAGGCAGUGAAGAGGGAGACAGAACCAGCACUGGGGGACCCUGCUGGCUUGGAGAAUGAAAGGCAGAUUUACAAGAGUGUGCUGGAAGGUGGAGAUAUCCCGUUCCAGGGGCUGAGUGGUCUCAAGAGACCUUCUAGCUCCGCUUCCACAAAAGUGGAUCGUAAAGGUGGGAAUGCUCUUAUGACUGCACCCUCUUCAGUUAAUAGCCGAACCUUUAACGCUAGUCAUACCGGUAUGUUAGGUCACGCAUGUAAACAUAAGAAGCCCUUAUCAGCUGCAAAAGCCUGCAUUACUGAAAUCCUCCCUUCUAAAUUCAAACCCAAACUAGCAGCUCCAGCUGCUCUUGUGCAGGACAAGAAGGGUAUCUUGCUGUCUCAUGAGAAAGCUCAAAGCUGCGAAAACCUUCGUAGCUCUAUUGCCUUGUUUGAUAAUAAAAAAGCUUUCAUGGUAGACAUAGGGGAAAGCAUAGAAAACAUGUUGAUGAAGUCGAAGCAGGAGUACGCCAUCAAAUCUGGCAGUACCAUGAGCCUGCAGGAGUAUGGCACCAACUCUAGGAAAGGCUGCCUGUUCCCUGCCCCCAGGAAGAGCGGGAUGGAGUUUACAAUGCUGUAUAAAGACAUGCACCAGAUCAACCGGUCCAGGAUCCACUUGGGCCCAGUCUCCUCCUGCAGCGUGAGGGAUAUUGCAUCUCAGUUUGAGAAUGAAGCGAAGGGCAGGAUGGAGCACAGCCUUAGUCGAGAGGACUCAGAGCAGAUCCCCAAACACACCGUUUCCUCCCGUAUCAGUGCCUUUGAGCAGCUGAUCCAGAGAUCCCGAUCAAUGCCCUCGCUUGACUUUUCCACUGGACAAACCAAGUUCACCGCUUCUCUCCAGUCUAAGACUUGCCUGAGUUCUGCCUACUCUGCAGAGUUUCUUCUGGAUUUGCCCAAAGCACACCAAGAAGAGAAGGAUGCUGCCAGCUUGGCAGAAAAAUCCUCCCGCUCCUGCAGCAAUGUGGAGGACACAGCUUCAGACGUCAGCGAUGCUAUCCCUAUGGACACGCUUUCAGCUUGCACGGACGAGAUCGAUCUCCUCUCAAACGCGUCCAACGACAGUGGCAGCAGCAGCAGCAACCUCAAUGGGCCACAGAAGCAUAAAACCAACAGAUGCAAAGGCGCAUGCCCAGCGUCCUACACCAGGUUUACUACCAUCCGCAGGCACGAGCAGCAGCAGGCCUCCAGGAACCCCGAUUCCAAAGGGGAUGUCUAUGGGGACAGACACGUGCUCCCCAGAAACGUCUACCUAAUGAGCCCGCUCCCCUUCCGAUUGAAAAAGCCCUUCCAGCACCGAUCCUGCAGGACUCCACCCCCAGAGUGCCCGGGGAGCCCGGCCGUGGCCAGCCCCGAGAACCCGGGCGAGCCCGUGCCGCCGCAGGCGAGCGUAGGAGAGCAGAGUCACCACUGCCAGCACCAGCCCUGCUCCAGGAGCGGGCCGCUGGCCCCCCGCCGCCUGUCCUCCUUUGACAUUGUGGAGAGGCUUAGCUGCUUCCCCCCCACGGGAUCUAGCCGAGAUAGCUUCGUGGGCCGGGCUGACACUCCUGACUCCUUAAACAAUGGGAACCCUGUUCCAUAUGCCCUCUGUCACAGCCUGGACACAAACAACAACCCGCAAAGUGAACUCGGGACGUACCUAGGAGAUUCAGAAUCACCAAGGCAUUUUGCACCAGUUGAUUACAUGGAAACUCCAGAAGAAAUUAUCCGCAGACGGCAUGACGAUAAAGAGAAACUUUUAGAGGACCAGAGACGGCUUAAACGUGAGCAAGAAGAAGCUGAUAUUGCAGCUAGAAGGCACACAGGGGUUAUUCCAACGCACCAUCAGUUUAUCACUAAUGAGCGAUUUGGGGACCUCCUAAAUGUAGACGAUACAGCAAAGAGGAAAUCUGGGUCAGAGAUGAGACCUGCUAGAGCCAAGUUUGACUUUAAAGCACAGACGCUAAAGGAGCUUCCUCUGCAGAAAGGAGAUAUUGUUUACAUUUACAAGCAGAUCGACCAGAACUGGUAUGAAGGCGAACACCACGGCAGAGUUGGCAUCUUCCCACAAUCGUACAUAGAGCUGCUCCCACCAGCUGAGAAAGCUCAGCCCAAAAAGCCAUCACCGUUGCAGGUAUUGGAAUAUGGAGAUGCUAUUGCCAAGUUCAACUUCAAUGGGGAUACCCAAGUGGAAAUGUCCUUCAGAAAGGGUGAAAGGAUCACAUUGAUUCGACGAGUGGAUGAGAACUGGUACGAAGGAAAAAUCUCUGGCACCAAUCGCCAAGGCAUCUUCCCUGUCACUUACGUGGAGGUGCUCAAACGGCCAGUGGUCAAGAAUGCCAUUGACUACCCUGACCCACCAGUGUCCCUCUCCCCCAGCCGCAGCAUGACAGCUUCACCACAGCCUUCCCACCAUUCAUUGAGAGCUGGACCAGAUCUCACAGAGUCUGAAAAGAGCUAUGUGCAACCUCAAGCACAGCAGCAAGGAACCAGCCCUGACAGAAGUCAAACGCCACGAGACAUAGUUAGCUACCAAGCCCUCUACAGCUACACUCCUCAGAACGAUGAUGAGCUGGAACUGAGGGACGGUGACAUUGUUGAUGUCAUGGAGAAAUGUGACGAUGGCUGGUUUGUGGGUACGUCCAGGAGAACAAGACAAUUUGGCACCUUCCCAGGCAACUACGUGAAGCUUCUGUACCUGUAAAAUAGCAGCAAUCCCACUGUGACAGGGGUGGGCUUGUUUUCCGGAUGGUGUUUUUAAACAGUGAAGAAACAGACAAUUUCUGAAUGUAAUCGACAGGAGACGAGAUGUGUUAGAAGGAUGUGGUUAUGUGGUACAGUACGGAGUUGACCGUGUAGCCCUGCUGCCACAGACGCAGUGUGCGAUUUGUUUGCUGAAGAAGAGACAGUUCCUAGUUUACAGCGCUGCCUUCGUGUAUUCCUCUCCCCUCCCCAGCAAGAGUUCUGGUGAUAAUCUGAGUUUGUAUGGAGUACUUACCUCCGAGAAGGCUUCAGGGAAGCACACGGUAUAGGUUUUGUUUGUGUGUGGCGAUAGGGUAGUUCCUGGGGGCAGUCGGUGGCUGCUCCCUUCCAUGGCACGGGUCAGGGGGCCAGGCUUUCCGCCUGGGUUCUGCCUCGCCGGAGACUCGCUUCGCUCUGCCUUCCACUUUCACCCAGAACCUUCCUCCCUGGCAUGCACCUUGAGGCCCGGCAGAGGCGGAGGGCAGCUGAUACGGUCGGACUGCAGAGCUCUAGGUGGAGAAGGUGUUUGGGGCUGGUGGUUUAAUCCAGGGAGGUCAGUCAUAACGUCGCGGUGAAUGUGCAAAAACCCCAAACCCUUGACCAGCGUAUUACCUGUCUCUGCAGGGGGGUUGCUUUUGUGCAGGGUGUGUGUGUGUGAGUGUAUUGUGUGCAUCAAAACGAACGGAGUCCUGUUUUUUUAAAGAGAAAUCAGCCUGGCUUUGACAUUUAUCUGCACAAAGAAUAGAACCAAUAAACAGAACAUCCGUGACAGCAAAUCCUGGCUGUGAGUCCUACGGCUGUUUGCUUUCUCUGCUCCUCCUGCCCUGUUGCUGGCCCUAAAGGAUCACUCGCUUCUCAAAGCAUUCAUACUCUUUGGGAUGAAGACUUUGCUUCUUUCCUGGCAUUAAAUCUUAGAGGCUCCGAAAAUCUGAGCAACGUGCCACUGAGGGUGCUGCUUUUUUUUUUUUUCUUUUUGGUUACAGUGUCAAUGGUAGGUCUCGAAUAAAUACGUGCAUUUUGGCUGCCUCUUAGUCAUACAAAAAAAGUCUCAUCGAUUUGGAAAGCUGUUCCCAGCUGCUGAUUACCAGUUACAGGGAUUCGUAUUUCCUUGAGAAAAAAAACCACGGCUUGGCUGUACGCUUGCCUGUAAAUCCACUAUGAAUACUCUUUUGAUAGACAUUUUGUUAUUAAGAAAAAGCAUAAACAAAACUGGUUCUAUCAGUCUCUGCUUCCUACAGUUACCAUACAAAUAGCAAAGGGUUAGAUUGCUAUUUUGUCAUAAGCCGUAUUUCAUAAUAUAAAAUGCCUAUUUUUAUGCUGAUGCUUUUAUACAGAUUUAUUAAGAGUAACUACAACUAACUGUUAGCACGACUUGCAAUGUUUUGAUAAACGAGCCAUGCUCCUGGGUUUGAAAUCAUGUAGGCUUGUCUUCCACCUAGGUCACCGGAAGAGAAGACUCAGCGUCUCAGAAGUUUGACUGUAAAUAUGUAUAUUUAACUUUGUACAGACAAUGUACUUACCUUGUAUAGAAGAAUAAUUUAAACACAUUGAGUGAAGGGAGGAAAAAAAGAAGGCAGUUGCGAAAGGUUGGGAUUUUUUUCCACUUUUAUUUAAAUGAUGGAAUUCCAUGUAUGUUCACAUAAAGAGUUUUAGCACAAAAUAUCCAUUAUAAAAGGGUUAAAGAUAGGACACAAAGCACCGUUUCUUUUCUGCAGGAGAUACCUUUAACCCUGCAUCUUAUUUAUGGGUUUGUUUUUCCUGCUUUGGGUUUGCCCUCCAGUUAUUUGCAGCAAUAUUUAGGCCUGUUGGAUAACACCAAAUUAAUCUAUCCAGCAAAGUAACACGAUACUGACUGUAUAUAACAUACUCAUUUAAAGGUUUAUUUUUUGUUCUUGCUCUUGCCAUCUUAAGUUACACACACACACACAGAUAGACACACACACACACACACAUUCAAACCGCAACUUAUUUUUGUGUUGAUUUUUUUGUUUAUUGCAGUGGAUUACUAUUUGACAAUUAAUAAAUGGAAUUAUUGAACUACUGUUGUGUUCCUUGUACAAAUUAUUAAAUAAAAGUCUAUUCCUGCC